CUGACUACAGGCAUUAUUUUUGUUCUGGACAUUCAAGUCCAGUCCUUACCCCUGAUCCUGUCUACGUCUGCUUUUGCUGCAUUCAUCAUUGCUAUAUGUUUCUGUUGUUCAUCUGUUUCAGAGCUAAUCUGUUUGCUGUUGUUCAUCCGGGCCCUGGCAGUCCUGUUAGGUUUACAUUCAGAAAAUCACAGGGAAAACAAAAUUAGAAGGCACUCAUGAUGUCUUUACCAUUCUAUCAAAGACACCAUGACCAUUAUGACCGUGCAUAUCGCCAUAAAGCACUGCAGUCAACUGUAAGUCAGUACCAAAAGGAAACAAAGAACAAAUCUGCUGUCUAUGCUCAAGGAUCUGCAGCUUAUGCCAGGGGCUCUGCAGCCUACCGCCAUGCUUCUGCAGCAGACUUCAGCCUUGAGUCUUCAGCAGCAUAUAGCCAUGGCUCUUCAGCCCACAACCUUGAGUCAGCAGCCUACAGCUAUGGAUCUACAGCCUAUGAUCAUGCUGCUGCGCAAAGUAAGAGAUCUGCUGCCUACAGUCUUGACUCUGAAGCCCUCAGCAAGAGCUCUGCUGCCUAUAGUCAUGGAUCUGAAUCUAUCAACAAGCUGGCUGCAGCCUACCGCCUGGGGUCAGAGACCUAUGGUCUUGGACUGAAAGAUUCCAAUCUAAUGAUUGAAGAUCAGUCCUAUAAAAUGAGCCCCAAAGCAAAGAGAGCAAAACAGCAUUUGGUAUCUGAGGACAAAGAGAAUGAAGCCAUAGACUAUUCAGUACCUAUAUUCACAGGACGUGAAGUAAAUAUCAGUGGGAUCACAGAUACAGAAGAAGAAAGAAUUAAAGAGAGUGCUGCCUACGUUGCCAAAAGGAACCUCUUUGCGACUGGUGAAGGAGUUAGUGUCAGCAAGGUGGCCAAGUCUGUCUCUGAAGAGGAACAUCAUGAGAAAAAAUCAAGGAAAGUAGCAAUAAGGGAGUCUGCAGAGCGUGUGGCCCUGAAGAAAACGCUAGAAGAUACUCAGGCAUUUCACAAAAAGUUGAAUCAAGAUAAACUUCUACAUCCUCCCGAGUUUGUUAUCAAACCUCGUUCUCACACUAUCUGGGAAAAGCAAAAUGUCAAAUUUCAUUGUACGGUGGCUGGCUGGCCAGCACCCCGUGUUACAUGGUAAGUUUGUAUCUCUGUCACUC